CUGCAAGAUUUUGUAUUUGAGACACAAAGAUGGACGACUACGAGAUGAUAAUUUUGCAAUGAUUUAGGAGAAGUAGUAAGCAAAAAUGCCGAUACAGGUGAAGGACUACGUUUGGGAGGAAACAGAUGAAACGGUUUCGAUUACUGUUCCUUUGAAAGGAGUGCCGUCAAAUCGAGUGGAUAUUUUUUCAAUUGACGAUUAUAUCAAGGCUAGCUAUCCUCCGUAUAUCUUUGAAGUCUGCCUGUUCGGUGAAGUCGAAGAUACUAAGAGUAAGGCAACAUUUGGCAGUGGAGUUGUCAAGUUUCAAUUAUUAAAGAAGAGCUCAUCCAAAUGGAAUCAGUUACAUGCAUCAGAAUCAGAGGACAAAGAAUUCAUGAGAAAGAAACGAGAGGAAGCUGUUGGUAAGGCGCAUGAGAGAGCUGAAAAAGAAAUACAAAGAAAAGCAGCUGAGAAACGAGAACAAGAAAAAUUGGCACUUCAAGAACAGAUGAAGCUGGAACAGGAAGAAAGAGCUCGAAUAGAUGCCAUAAAGGAAGAAGAACGUAAAAAGGCAACUGAGGCCAUUGAAAGAUGGAAAGAAAAUCAAAAAUUGCAGCCUACAAGCAUAGAAGAAGAGAAAGUCGCUUCGAACAGUAAUGUAAAUCAAUAUGAAGACACCAACAUGUCUGCAACAAAAGCUGACCUAGAGGUGGGAGAGUAUCAAGAGCCACUUCCAAAACCAGCUACAAAGAAACUGGCUCCUUACAACAAAGAAAGGACAAAUGAAAAAAAGAAAGACUUCCUUGAAAAGACAGUUCCAGAACCAAGGGCAUCUGGCUCCAUUUCAGUGUCAUUCACUCCUCGUGUUUUCAAAACAGCUGCAAGAGAAUCCAAAGCACCAGAAGAAGAAGAGUGGCUGAAAAAGAUGGCUGGUGCAAGCCGAAAAACAGAUACUACCAACACUGAUGCUGUUGACAUGGAAGAAAUGAACCCAGUGUGGUUAAAAGACAAAGGAAUUGGGUUUUACAAGGCUGGAAACUUUGUAGCAGCUAUCAAUGCAUUCACAGCAGCCAUCGUACUGGAUGACUCAAUACCAUCGUUAUAUUCUAACCGUGCUGCAUGUCAUCUUCAAUUGAAACAGUACAAAGAGUGCAUUCAAGACUGUACAAGUUCACUAGAACUCCUUGUUCCUCCGGUUCCGGCCAAUUGUGCUUCCAGAUGUAAAGCGCAUGUCAGACGAGGCACCGCGUACAUGCAAUUACAAGAAUACGUGCUCGCUCUUCAAGACUAUGAAUCAGCUCUCAAGCUUGACCCUAAAAACGUAGACCUGAAGAACGACUCAGAGAGAAUAAGAAAGAUCAUUCAAGGCUCCACAUAGCUUCAGAAUAAAUUAUGUCAUCGAAUGAUGAUGAAAAAGUCGCACUUUCUGUAAGAGUCUGAUGCUUUCGGUCUGAGGAAUAGACCACUUUGAUGAGCGAAUGAACCUUAGACCUGAAAUUCAACAAUGGACAGCGAUUUGUGCAUUAAAUUAUUUGUACAGGGUUAAACUGCUCUAUGACUUAGCUGAAGCAUACGCAAUGUUGAAAAAAUCAAUGAAAAAUUUAAAUUUAAAGUAUCUCAGCAACCAUUGAUGUUUUGGAAAAGGUGAAAAUUCCACCGACAGAUCACCUCACCGUUCGCUUUAUCCCGAGAUCAAGACUCGAGAAAUCAAAGAAAUACAAAAUAUGUGAUUCUUUUUACUGUACCAGUGUGCUUCCUUCCCCUCAAUAGAAUGUCAAUUU